AGACACAGCGGCAGCCUCCGGUGUGCUGCCGACACAGGAUCUCAGACCCGGCGGCCCGCGGGCAUCGGUCGUUUCUGGUCCCAUCUUGGGGACCAGAGGUGCGCAAGAGUGUUACCAUUACAGGAUCCUAAGCGGUGCACGGUGAGCGCUCCUCGGGUCCGGGGACGGUCAGCUGCAGGGCCCGGAGCACCCUCUGGGGUGCCCGAUGGGGCCUUCCACGGGGCGCAGGGGCGAAGUUGGGACCGCAAGCAGAGAGCCCGAGCUACUCAGCGCGACAUGCUGCCUCCUGGGCGCAACCGCACGGCUCAACCGGCAAGGCUGGGAUUACAGAGGCAACUGGCUCAGGUGGACGCCCCAGCGGGCUCUGCAACCCCACUGGGACCCGCGCAGGUGGUCACCGCAGGCCUCCUGACUCUCCUAAUCGUCUGGACCUUGCUCGGGAACGUGCUAGUGUGUGCUGCCAUCGUCCGCAGCCGCCAUCUGCGCGCCAAGAUGACCAACAUCUUCAUCGUAUCCCUAGCUGUCUCAGACCUCUUCGUGGCAUUGCUGGUCAUGCCCUGGAAGGCUGUGGCUGAGGUGGCUGGGUACUGGCCCUUUGGGACAUUCUGCGACAUCUGGGUGGCCUUUGACAUCAUGUGCUCCACUGCCUCCAUCCUGAAUCUGUGUAUCAUCAGCGUGGACCGUUACUGGGCUAUUUCCAGACCCUUCCGCUACGAGCGCAAGAUGACCCAGCGAGUAGCCCUGGUCAUGGUGGGCCUGGCCUGGACCUUGUCCAUCCUCAUCUCCUUCAUCCCGGUCCAACUCAAUUGGCACAGAGACAAGGCAGGCUCCCAGGGCCAAGAGGGCCUGCUGUCCAAUGGGACACCCUGGGAGGAAGGCUGGGAGCUAGAAGGGAGGACGGAGAACUGUGACUCCAGCCUGAACCGAACCUACGCCAUCUCCUCGUCACUCAUCAGCUUCUACAUCCCGGUGGCCAUCAUGAUCGUGACCUAUACGCGUAUCUACCGCAUUGCGCAGGUGCAGAUCCGGCGGAUCUCCUCCCUAGAGAGGGCAGCUGAGCAUGCUCAGAGUUGCCGGAGUCGUGGAGCCUAUGAACCUGACCCCAGCCUGCGAGCGUCCAUCAAGAAGGAGACCAAGGUCUUCAAAACCCUGUCAAUGAUCAUGGGGGUCUUCGUGUGUUGCUGGUUGCCUUUCUUCAUCCUGAACUGUAUGGUUCCUUUCUGCAGUAGUGGGGAUGCCGAGGGCCCAAAGACUGGCUUCCCUUGUGUCAGCGAGACCACCUUCGACAUAUUCGUCUGGUUUGGCUGGGCCAACUCCUCUCUCAAUCCCAUCAUCUAUGCCUUUAAUGCAGACUUCCGGAAGGUGUUUGCCCAGCUGCUGGGGUGCAGCCACUUCUGCUUCCGGACCCCAGUGCAGACGGUAAACAUCAGUAAUGAGCUCAUCUCCUACAACCAAGACACGGUCUUCCACAAGGAGAUCGCUGCUGCCUAUGUCCACAUGAUACCGAAUGCAGUAUCCUCCGGAGACAGGGAGGUGGGAGAGGAGGAGGAGGAGGGGCCUUUCGAUCACAUGUCUCAAAUCUCUCCAACGACGCCAGACGGUGACCUGGCUGCUGAGUCUGUCUGGGAGCUUGACUGUGAGGAAGAGGUUUCCUUAGGCAAAAUCUCACCUCUCACCCCCAAUUGUUUCGAUAAAACUGCUUAGAAACAUUCUCAUGGGCAUAUACAAUGGUGGCCAUAUUUCCAAGCAUGCACAAAUACCCACGUGCGUACACACACACACACACACACACACACACACACACACACUCCCAGUGUGCAUAUGCUUUCUGUAGUCCUGCUGCAUAGAAACCAAACUAUUCUUAGCUGAGAAAAUGAACCGAGGCUGUUGGAAUAAACUCAGACAUUCUGGACAAAGAAUGUUCCGUUUAGAGAUGAGAAAGUGGAGCCUGGACCUUUAAGAGUAUAUACUUCAACUUACCCUUUCUAACAAAGAUUUGUUCUGUGACUUGCACCUGGGUUGCUUUUUAAAUGACAGGUCUGAGUGGCAAUUGUUGGUGUGGGCUGUGACUUUCUAAAGAUGUAGGUCUGUAGCCCUGUGCUCUGGCAGCUGCUUUAGUGCAGUUGAGGGGUCUUUCCUGUGACUGGGGUUUCUUUCUGAUUUGUUCUGAUUUUUUGUAAGCUCACAGUACAUUCGUUUAAGGCUGGGGGGGGGCAGUCACCUUUGCUUUGCCAGUUGGUGCUGCGUGUUGCUCCUGGAGAAACCACAAGUGCAAGUGCUCUUGAAAGACACAUUUAUUUUCUGGGCAGCUUUGCUUAGGGAACACACAGGACAAAGGGCCUUGAGGAACUUCUGACUUCUUAGCUUCCCUUUCCUUAGUCACACCUUCAGAACACACUCAAGGCUAGUUUCUCCUUCACACAUGAGAUGCGGGAUUUCCCUCAAGCCUGAAACUCGAUGAGUUUUGUUUUGUCUUUUGGAACUGUCUUCUGGAAUUACAGGAGACAAUGGUUCUGCUUGCUAGACAGAUAGUCAGGGUUCAUCGGAAAGACCACCUAGCAUAGCAACCCCUCUUCUCCAUCUCUCAUCUGGGGGGUUCCAGAGUGACAUGGGUUCUGGAAACCACAUUUUCUAGGGUCUUUUAGAUGUGAUGUGCUCCGAAAUGCUUCAAAACCAAAAUCCUGCUUUGAAGCCGAUGAUUUUCUUUGCAGCCAAUAGCAAAUGGAAUGAACUUCAGCCUCUAUGGGGAAAGCCAGAGGUAACACAUGACUGGAUGAACUUAUAGGGUGAGGGGCUCACGGAGGAGCCCACGUGUCUUUUUGCUUUCCCAACCUGCACUGAGUACAGCAAAGUGUUCUUUAUUCCGUUAUGAUUUCAUUAGACACAAAUGUAAAAAAAAAAAAAAGUAGCAAAGGAAACGAAAUGUGCAUAUGUUAGUUCCUACACGCCCCUGCUCCAAAGACGGGUUCUCAAGGACAGUUCAAUCAAUUUUGGUUUCCUUAUGGAUGACUGUAUUAUGAGUCUUCUGAACAGCCGUGUCUUGUUCCCUGUAAACUGUGUAGUGCCUGCCACAUCGUGCUUAAUAAAUGUUGGUUGAAUGA